GGUCCACUUCUGAUUCAAGUUGCCAACAUGGCCACCCAACCAAUCUCUGCUGAGGAGCAGGAGGAACUCAGGGAAGCUUUUGCCAAAAUUGACGUGGACGGCAACGGGUUCAUCAGCAAAGAUGAGCUCAACGAGCUCUUCAGGGCUGCCAACCUGGCUCUGCCGGGAUACAAAAUCCGAGAGAUCGUCCAGGAGCUGACCAAAACCAGCGACAGACUCACCUUUCAGGAGUUCACUGAUAUGGUCCGUGGUCUGAAGAGCACUGAGGUGGCCAAAACCUUCAGGAAAGCCAUCAAUAAGAAGGAAGGAAUCUGUAGAGUGGCAGGAACGUCCGAGCAGUCCGGCGCACAGCACUCAUACUCAGAGGAGGAGAAGGUGGCCUUUGUGAACUGGAUCAACAAAGCUCUGGAGAAGGAUCCAGACUGUAAACAUGUUCUUCCAAUGGAUCCCGACACCGAUGACCUGUUCACUGCCAUGGGAGAUGGAAUCGUCCUCUGUAAAAUGAUCAACCUGUCUGUUCCCGACACCAUCGAUGAGAGAACCAUCAACAAGAAAAAACUCACUCCUUUCACCAUCCAGGAGAAUCUGAACCUGGCUCUGAACUCUGCAUCGGCCAUCGGCUGCCACGUGGUGAACAUCGGGGCUGAAGACCUGAAGGAGGGCAGGCAGCACCUGGUCCUGGGUCUGCUGUGGCAGGUCAUCAAGAUCGGGCUGUUUGCAGACAUCGAACUCAGCAGGAAUGAAGCUCUGAUCGCUCUGCUGCGUGAUGGAGAGAGUCUGGAGGAUCUGAUGAAGCUGUCCCCUGAAGAGCUGCUGCUGCGCUGGGCCAACUACCACCUGGAGGAGGCCGGCUGUGGCAAGAUCAACAAUUUCAGCUCCGAAAUCAAGGACUCCAAGGCGUACUACAACCUCCUGAACCAGGUGGCUCCCAAAGGAGACGAGGAGGGAAUUCCUCCCAUCGCCAUCGACAUGUCAGGAAUCAGGGAGAAAGAGGACCUGAAGAGGGCCGAGUGCAUGCUGGAUCAGGCCGACAGGCUCGGCUGCAGACAGUUCGUCAUGCCCGCAGACGUCGUCCGUGGCAACCCCAAGCUCAACUUGGCUUUUGUUGCUAAUCUGUUCAACAAGUACCCCGCUCUGAAGAAGCCAGAGAACCAGGACAUCGACUGGAGCUCGAUCGAAGGUGAAACCAGGGAGGAACGAACCUUCAGGAACUGGAUGAACUCUCUGGGUGUCAAUCCUCGUGUCAACCAUCUCUAUGCAGACAUCGAUGAUGCCCUGGUCAUCUUCCAGCUGUAUGAGAAGAUCAAAGUUCCAGUAGAUUGGGACAGAGUCAAUAAGCCUCCCUACUCUAAACUCGGCAGCAACAUGAAGAAGCUGGAGAACUGUAACUAUGCAGUGGAGCUGGGCAAAAAGGAGGCCAAGUUCUCUCUGGUCGGCAUCGCAGGUCAGGACCUGAACGCAGGAAAUCGAACCCUCACUCUCGCUCUGCUCUGGCAGCUCAUGAGGAGGUACACCCUGAACAUCCUGGAGGAUCUGGGUGACGGACAGAAAGUAGUAGAUGACACCAUCGUGUCCUGGGUCAACCAAACGCUCACACACGCUGAAAAACGCACCAUCUCCAGCUUUAAGGACAUGUCUAUUAGCACCAGUAUGCCGGUUCUGGAUCUGAUUGAUGCCAUCCAGCCCGGAUCGACCAGAUACGACCUGCUGAAGACCGAAGACCUGACGGAGGAGGAGAAACUCAACAAUGCAAAGUACGCCAUCUCCAUGGCCAGGAAGAUCGGAGCCCGGGUGUACGCGCUGCCUGAGGACCUGGUGGAGGUCAAACCUAAGAUGGUGAUGACGGUAUUCGCCUGCCUGAUGGCGCGUGGCAUGAGGAGAGCCUAGAGAGACCAGAUGGACCACUGACCCGACACAUCCAGAGUCUGAGAGCAGAGAGGAGAACCAGCUCUUAUUUUCUUUUUAGGCAACGAAUGAAACUGGAUGAUUUCUACAAAUGUCUUUCAGAAGCAGAAAAAAUCAUGUUCUCCGUUUCUUUAAAGGGUAAAAAGUUAUUUUUUUAACAUCUGUACAACUCAGUAAGAUUCUGCCUCAAACAAACAGAACCAAGCAGUUCUAACUCCAACCAGUCUCAACACCCGAUCAGUAACUGGUAACUAAUUGAUGCUGAGUCAACUAUAAAUUACAGACUUGUAAUGAAGUCAGUAUUAUUUGUGUUUGGGUCCAGCCGACUUGGUGCCAUAUUGGCUUUCUGAAUUUGAAGACUUUCUGCUUCCAUUUCAUGUCACUGAAUCUUGUUGUUCUGUAAACGUGAACGGGUUCACCUUCUGCUCAUUCCUCUGGUACGAACACGCCGUUUCACUUGUUCAAUUACAGUUUUAUCUCAGAUGUAUAAACCAAAUAAAGAGAAUUUUUUUUAUUAUAA